AUGAGUGGUGGUCAACAACAACAACCAAUACUACCACCACCAGAACAACACUACCAACAACACCACCGACAACACCAAUGCUGUGUAUGCAAUGCUGGGACCUAUUGGACCCAUUCAGGUGUCUAAUCCUGUGCUAAACCCGCAUCAUCAUCCGCAUCAUCUCAUCAGCGACCAUCACCUGCACCAUCACAACAACAAUAGUAUAGCCGCUGUUCACGAUUAUGAUAACAUAGCAGCGGCUGCUGCAGCGCACCUGUACUACAAUAGCAGACAUAUCAAACAAGAGAUUUUCAGUGAUAGUGAUAGUCAGUGUCAGCCAUCAUCGGUGGUUACCCAGAACUGUCACUUGUCGUCGUUGUUUAAUAAGAGCCGAAUGUCCUAUGAGUCCAACAGACUAUUGAACUCCACUUCUUCUACUUCGGCUAACUCUAUGUAUUCAGUGAAGAAAGCGGCUCUGGUCUGGCCCGGGGCUCCAGACGCCGGAGUUCAUGGUAAAUCGUUAUCGUCGUCGGUCGGCAGUAUUGUGGCCAGUAUCGGCGGUACGCCAGUCAAAACGCCUCCACUGUCGUCGGUCGGCGCCGUUACGGCGUCCGGCCGACCCGUAUCGCCCAAUUCGGGUCUUGUCCAUUGGGUAUCAGUGAUGUCCGGCGGCGGCGGCAUCGAUCACGCUCACGGACCCAGUCCGGCCCACACUGGUAACCAUCAGCACCUGGACCAUUAUACCUGGAAUGCCGGUCCCAACAACAACAACAACAACAAUAAUAAUAGUGUAGAUGAAGGCCGCUCGGGAUCGGGUGGUGGCGGCGGCGGCUUAGACACAUCGCCCUCAUUGCACCACCAACUCUAUGGUAGUCACGCCGGCGGCAAUCGUCAUAAUAAUAAUAAUAAUAACAGUAGGCCUCAGUCGCCGAUGACGGCACAGCAGAUGCUUGUUGUGCCCCAACCACUCAAAUCGUCAAAUACUCUGACCAGUAGUGGUGCCACAACUAAUGGCACCGGCAGGAAAUACCAGUGCAAAAUGUGUCCACAGAUCUUCGGUUCAAAGGCCGACAUGCAAUUGCAUACACAGAUCCAUAUGAGAGAAGCCAAGCCAUACAAGUGCUCGCAAUGUUCAAAAUCAUUUGCCAAUUCAUCGUAUUUGUCUCAACACACACGAAUCCAUUUGGGUAUUAAGCCCUACCGGUGCGAAAUAUGUCAGCGAAAGUUUACCCAACUGUCCCAUCUGCAGCAACACAUACGCACGCAUACCGGUGACAAACCAUACAAGUGUCGACACCCGGGCUGUAAUAAGGCCUUUUCGCAGCUAUCGAAUCUGCAGAGCCAUUCCAGAUGUCAUCAGACGGAUAAGCCGUACAAAUGUAACAGUUGUUAUAAAUGUUUUACGGAUGAAACCAGUCUAUUGGAUCACAUACCGAAGCACAAAGAGUCCAAACAUCUUAAGACACAUAUUUGCCAGUAUUGCGGCAAAUCCUAUACACAGGAAACCUAUUUGGCUAAACAUAUGCAAAAACAUGCGGACAGAAUGGAAAAACGUUCGGCCGGACUGCUCCGCGGUAGCCACUCAACAGCGGCCGAUGUCUACUGGCCAAAAGGUUCGGUAAUCGGUGGUUCUGGCGGCGGAGGCGGUGGCGGCAACCAGAAUAACAACGAGUGUGUCGGCGAUCUUGUUGGCUCGCAUCUGCACCAUCAUCAUCAUCACCAUCAAACAGAACAGUCGUGUCUGGCAUCGGUACUCAACACUGACCAGUCGCCACCCGGCGGCGGUGGCCCUCGCUAUUCCCGUUCAGAGCUCGACCAGACAGUACAGCACCGAUUGUCUGGUGGCGGUGGACAGAAUCUAACAGGCAAUGGCCGCCAAAUGUCGGCCGACGAUCUCCUCUAUAAUAUCGAUCCGAAAACGUCUACUUCGGCUUUUACGCCCAUCCAGACGCUCAGCGGCGCCAAUGCCAAUGCCCGCAACGCGGCAGUGGCUGCCGCCUACUUUCCCUACGAGUCGUUUGGCUUUGCGACCAAAGCCGGCGGCGGCGGCGGAAUGUCCGGAAUGGUCAACGAAAUGAAGUCGGCAAUGGAUGUCAGCGGCAAAGGUGGCGGCCAUUCGUCAUUCCCGAACCAAUUGAUAGCAUUGCAUCAAAUCAGAAACUAUGCAUCGAUGCCAUCAUCGGCGGCGUCGGCCAUUGGCGACCAUCCCUUAUCUUUAAAGGACAAACACUCGCAAUAAUAAUAAUAAUUAAUAAUAAU